AUGGCGGUUGCAGAGCGCGAGGGCGCCCCCGCGGUUCCUCGGAGGAGGGCAGCCCCGCAGCUCCUCCCAGCCCUCUCCCAGCGGUCCUCUCAGCCCUCCCAACCUGAAGUCACCAUCAUCUCUGUUGAGGGCCUAACAGCGGCUCCUCCCGUGCUCGUGUGGUCGGGCCUCUGGCGCCCCCUGCAGGCCCGGAACGCAGGACCGAACAUGUCAUCCCUGUUUGCGAGGGACACCAAGAGCUUGGUCAGAGAGCUGGGCAGGAAAGGCGAACUGGUGCCCGUUGACAGCCUGACCAGUGCCCUGCACCUGCGUCCCUUCUGCCUGGUGAGGAAGAAGCACAGACACCACCCCUGGCCUUGGGACACCCCCCUCAUCCCCACGGACUUCUCCCUCAUGGACGUGCUGGAGCCCGGCUCCCCUGUCCCAGAGGUGAGCCGGAGCAAACCCAUUCACGUCCAGGAGGUGGUGGCAGGAGCCGUGACAGGGGCCAUGAGUGUAAGCACUGGGCUGCAGGGGAAGGUGAUGGGGAGUGGCGGGGUGACCCGCAGCUCCACUCUGGUUGUACAAACCCUCAGGGUUUCCCCUCACACCUGGGAGAUGCUGGUGGAGAAGAGGGAGCUGCAGAGCCGGAAGGAGAGAGAGAACCUGUAUGUGGUGACAGAGGCCGUGGAGACCAUGCAGGACACCACGUUUCAGAGCUGCAGUGAAGCCGAGGGAGCAGGGCAGCUGUCCCUCCUCGGGCUGGGCCACUUAAAGCUCCAGAGUCAGAGCCACGUGGCCAAAGAGAAGACAGUGACCAUCCCGAGGGGCACUGUCCUGGCCUACAGGGUGCUGCAGCUGGUGAUCGAGGGGGACCGCUGGGGCGUGGGCUUCGGCUGGGCCCCAGGAGAGGAGCCCGACUUCCAGGGCCUGCAGAGGCAGGAGGGUGCCCAGCUGCAGGAUCUGGCCACGCUGCUCCCAGAGCUGCGGCACGUGCUGCGGGGCGCCCUCCAAGAGCUGCUCAAGGACCCUCGGGCGCUGCAGGAGUUCGAGGACACGCUGGAACAGGCCCUGGACACUGGGGUGCCAGGACAGCUGGGCGGCCCUGGGGGCGUCAUCCUAAGCAUCCUCCAGGACCCCUCGGGCAGCCUGUCGCCCUCGAAAGGCAGGGCCAUCCUCUGCAUUCUUGGACCCCUAGUGGGGCUCCAAUAUCCCAGCCCUUCCUCCCGGGUUACGAGGGCCCUCAAGGAGAGACGCAGGUGCCUCAGCCCCAAUCUCUCCACAGUGCUGAGCGACACCCAGUGUCACCUGCUGGCCCAGUCCCUGGAAAGAGGGAUCCUGCCUCGGCAGCGUGAGCUGGUGGAGAGCAUCUUAGAACCAAACUUCAAUCAGAUGGAGGAAACAACCUUCUCCCUCCCGCCGGAAGUCCUCUCAUCCCUGCAGAGUGAGGAUGCGGCCCUCACCCUGGGCCUGGUGGAGAGCUGUGGGUUGGAGCUGCAGGGGCCCGGCACCCAGCUCAUCUGGGACCCUGACGUGGUGCCACAGCUGUCUGCACUCUACGGGUCCCUCGUAGGGCUGCAGCUGCUGGCCGACCCCAGCCCCGUGGCCCACUAG